AUGAUGUGUUUUCUUCUCCUAUACAUUUUGCUGGUCAUCCAUUUCUUGCAGUCGGUGCAGCCUCCAGUGCUGCCGAAUCUUCAGAAGGUUGCUCUCGUUUCCUUCCCCGUGGUUGACACGAAGUGGGGAUGCAACGAUUGCUGGGAGACGGGAUUCCUGGACGACAUCAGCGGGCUUGAGCCGUCGCGGAACACGGACAGCAUUGGGAAGCUCUUCGCAGGUUUUUUCAGUUUUUUUAGCAAAACGUUCGAUUGGGCCAAUCAUGCGGUGUGCAUUCGCUUGAAUGAGCCGGGAGCCGCGAUCGACAAGUUCUCGUUGAGCUGCCCGACGUCGCAGGAGUGUUGGUACAUAGAGGACCCUUUCGAUUUGAAGCACAAUCUCGGUGGGAAGUGUACGCACCUGGGGCGUGCUCGAAUUCUGGACGAGAUGCAGCAGGCCAGCGGGCGCCUGGCAGAGCAGCAGUGCAGUCUGGAGCAGGUGUGCCCGUCUGCGAAGCCGGAGAGGUUUUUCCUGAAGUGCCGGGUCACAAGGGGCGUCCCGCUCAGCGAGCUCAUCGGUGUGUUCGACGGCUUCGAGGUCGAGGUUGUUCACUACCCGGAGCAGAACCGCCCCGGCAAGCCGCUGCCGGUGUUUCUGGAGUUCGCCUCCGCGGCCGCCAGGCGCCGGGCCCACACCCGGAACGAGGCGCACGUGGGCGGCUGCCAGCUGCAGCUGCUGUCCAGCUCCAAGUUCGCGCUGGCCGAGGCCAAGCUGGAGGGGACCAAGUACACGCCGUACACGGUGAGCGCGGGCCGGGCGUGA